CCCGCCCUGUAGGACGCGGUACAGCAUACUAACGGAAGUAGGCUUUGAGUCUGCCCACGCUUCCGGAAGAGCAGCGUUGGGCUGCCGGUGUUUUAGACUCCGCGUGUGUGAUUACAGUGGCGCGGCCUCCGAAGUAGAAGUGCUGGCGUCCCGGGGCUGGACACCCAAACACGGCAACCAUGGAAGAAAGCUUCCCCCGAGGGGGUACAAGAAAGACCCACAAAUCAGAGAAAGAGAAAGCUUUCCAGCAGUCCUUUGAACAAGACAACUUAUUUGAUAUUUCUACUGAAGAGGAAUCCACCAAAAGGAAAAAGAUCCAGAAAGAGCCAGCAAAAACAAAAAAGUUGAAAGUUGAAAAGAGAGAAAGCAGCAAGUUUGUAAGAGAGAAGUUUGAAAUCCUUAGUGUGGAGUCCCUGUGUGAGGGGAUGCGGAUUUUGGGUUGCGUGAAAGAGGUAAAUGAACUGGAACUGGUGAUUAGUCUCCCCAACGGCCUCCAGGGGUGUGUGCAAGUGACUGAAAUCUGUGAUGCCUACACUGAAAAGCUGAAUGAGCAGGUGGCACAAGAAGAACCCCUGCAGGACCUGGUCAGCUUGCCUGAGCUCUUCUCACCUGGGAUGCUGGUGAGAUGUGUGGUGAGCAGUCUGGGCAUCACAAAGAGGGGCAAAAAGAAUGUCAAGCUGUCUCUGAACCCCAGAAAUGUCAACAAAGUGCUGAGUGCUGAGGCCCUGAAACCCGGCAUGCUGCUCACGGGCACUGUGUCCAGCCUGGAAGACCAUGGCUAUCUAGUGGACAUUGGUGUUAGUGGGGCCAGAGCUUUUCUGCCACUGCAGAAAGCCCAGGAGUACAUCCAACAGAAGAACAAAGGUGCUAAAUUGAAGGUAGGUCAGUACCUGAACUGCCUUAUUGAAGAGGUGAAAGGCAGUGGAGGAGUCGUUAGUCUGUCUGUUGGUUACUCAGAAGUUUCUGCUGCCAUUGCUACUGAGGAGCAAAACUGGACCCUCAACAGCUUGCUGCCAGGACUGGUAGUCAAAGCCCAGGUACAGAAGGUGACUCCAUUUGGCCUUACGCUAAAAUUCCUCUCGUUCUUCACUGGCCUGGUUGACUUCAUGCACCUGGACCCUAAGAAAGCGAGAACGUAUUUCUCAAAUCAGCCAGUACGGGCCUGUGUCCUCUGCGUCCAUCCUCGGACCAGAGCUGUGCGGCUGAGCCUGCGCGCUGUCUUCCUGCAGCCCGGGCGUCCACUCACCCGGCUCUCUUGCCAGCAGCUGGGAGCUGUACUGGAUGAUGUUCCUGUCCAGGGCUUUUUCGGCAGUGCCGGGGCCACCUUCAGGCUGACGGAUGGGGCUCUGGCCUAUGCCCGGCUCAGCCAUCUCUCCAAUUCUAAGAAAGUCUUCAAACCUGAGACCUUCAAGCCAGGGAACACUCACAAGUGUAGAAUCAUCGACUACAGCCAAAUGGAUGAACUGGCUUUGCUCUCUCUGCGGACGUCUGUUAUUGAAGCUCAGUUCCUUAGUUAUCAUGACAUCAAACCUGGGGCCUUGGUAAAGGGCAAAGUGAUGACCAUAAAGCCAUACGGGAUGCUGGUGAAGGUGGGCAAGCAAAUAAGGGGCCUGGUACCUCCCAUGCAUCUGGCCGACAUCCUUAUGAAGAAUCCGGAGAAGAAGUACCACGCUGGGGAUGAGGUCAAGUGCCGGGUUUUGCUUUGUGACCCUGAAGCCAGGAAGCUGAUGAUGACCCUGAAGAAAACCCUGGUUGAGUCCAAACUUCCUGCCAUUACCUGCUAUGCCGAUGCUAAGCCUGGUCUGCAGACACACGGCUUUAUCCUCAGGGUCAAGGACUACGGCUGCAUUGUGAAGUUCUACAAUGACGUGCAGGGACUGGUGCCCAGGCACGAGCUCAGUGCCGAGUAUAUCCCUGACCCAGAGAGUGUCUUUUACACUGGCCAGGUGGUGAAGGUUGCAGUGCUGAACUGUGAGCCAUCCAAAGAGAGGAUGCUCUUGUCCUUCAAGCUGUCAAGUGAUCCGAAGAAAGAAUGUGCGGGACAGAGUCAGAAGAAAAAAAAAGCCAUUAACGCUGGGCAGUUGGUGGAUGUGAAGGUUCUGGAGAAGACCAAAGAUGGGCUGCAGGUGGCUGUCCUGCCUCACAACGUCCCCGGCUUCCUUCCCACGCCUCACCUGUCAGACCACGUCCCCCACGGCCCACUGUUGCAUUGCUGGCUCCAGGCGGGCGACACCCUGCACAGAGUCCUGUGUCUGAGCGAGGGUGAGGAGCGUAUUCUCCUUUGCAGGAAGCCGGCUUUGGUGUCCGCAGUAGAGGGCGGCAAGGAUCCCAAGAGCUUCUCAGAAAUCCAUCCUGGAAUGCUGCUCAUUGGUUUUGUGAAGAACAUCAAGGACUAUGGUGUGUUCGUCCAGUUCCCGUCAGGCCUUAGUGGACUGGCUCCCAAAGCUAUCAUGAGUGACAAGUUUGUGACCUCCACAAGUGACCACUUUGUCGAGGGGCAGACGGUGGUUGCUAAGGUGACCAACGUGGACGAGGAGAAGCAGCGGAUGCUGCUGUCGCUGCGGCUGUCGGACUGCGCUCUGGGGGACCUGGCCACCACCAGCCUCCUCCUCCUGAGCCAGUGCCUGGAGGAGCGGCAGGGCGUCCGUAGCCUCAUGAGCAACCGAGACUCUGUGUUGAUCCAGACGCUGGCUGAGAUGACCCCAGGGAUGGUCCUUGACCUAGAGGUGCAGGAGGUGUUGGGAGAUGGCUCUGUACUGUUCAGUGAGGGCCCAGUGCCCGGCCUGGUCCUAAGAGCCAGCAAGUAUCAUCGGGCAGGGCAGGAGGUGGAAUCUGGGCAGAAAAAGAAGGUUGUAAUCUUAAAUGUUGAUAUGUUGAAGUUGGAAGUACAUGUUUCCCUCUGCCACGAUUUGGUGAAUAGAAGAGCUAAAAAGCUGAAGAAAGGCAGUGAGCACCAGGCGAUUGUGCAGCACUUGGAGGAGUCCUUUGCCCUGGCCUCCUUGGUAGAGACUGGCCAGCUAGCAGCUUUCUCCCUGACCUCUCACCUCAAUGACACCUUCCGCUUUGAUUCAGAGAAGUUGCAGGUGGGACAGGGUGUCUCCCUAACCCUCCAGACCACAGAACCAGGAGUGACGGGUCUUCUUUUGGCCGUUGAGGGGCCAGCUGCUAAGAGGACCAUGAGGCAGACCCGGAAGGACUCUGAGACGGUCGACGAGGAUGAGGAAGUAGAUCCAGCUCUGGUUGUAGGGACUGUAAGGAAGCACACCCUGUCCAUUGGGGACGUGGUCACAGGGACCGUCAAGUCCAUUAAGCCCACCCAUGUGGUUGUGACCCUGGAAGAUGGCAUCAUUGGCUGCAUCCAUGCCUCCCACAUUCUAGAUGAUGUUCCAGUGGGCACAUCUCCUACUGCCAAGCUGAAAGUUGGGAAGAAGGUCACUGCCCGAGUGAUUGGCGGGAGAGACAUGAAGACAUUCAAGUUUCUCCCAAUAAGUCAUCCCAGAUUUAUUCGAACCAUCCCGGAGCUGAGUGUUCGGCCAAGAGAGCUGGAGAAGGAUGGCCACACUGCUCUCAACACUCAUUCUGUUAGCCCCUUGGAGAAGAUUAAACAGUACCAGGCUGGUCAGACUGUGACUUGCUUCUUGAAGAAGUACAACGUGGUUAAGAAAUGGCUUGAGGUGGACAUCGCUCCAGACAUCCGGGGGAGAAUUCCCUUACUGCUCACUUCUCUUAGCUUCAAGGUUCUGAAACAUCCAGAUAAGAAGUUCCGGAUUGGCCAGGCCCUGAAGGCCACCGUGGUUGGCCCAGAUUCCUCCAAGGCCUUCUUGUGUCUUUCACUCAUAGGUCCUCACAAGCUCGAGAAAGGGGAAGUGGCCAUGGGCCGCGUGGUGAAGGUGCUUCCCAAGGAGGGACUGACCGUCUCCUUCCCCUUCGGGAAGAUCGGAAGAGUCAGUAUUUUUCACGUGAGUGACUCCUACUCAGAGACGCCCCUGGAAAACUUUACCCCACAGAAGAUUGUCAGGUGUUAUGUCCUGUCCACUACAGGCCCUGUAUUGACUUUGUCACUGCGAUCGUCCAGGACGAACCCGGAGACGAAAAGCAAAAUAACAGAUCCUGAGAUUAACUCCAUCCAGGACAUUAAGGAAGGGCAGCUCCUGAGGGGCUACGUGAAGUCUGUCCAGCCGUCCGGUGUGCUCUUAGCCCUCGGCCCCUCAGUUACAGGUUUGGCCCAAUACCCACAUGUCUCCCAGUACAGCCUGUCCAAGAAUGCCCCUUAUGACAGGUAUCUCCCCGAAGGCAAGCUGCUCACAGCCAAGGUCCUAAGCCUGAACCGCCGGGAGAACCUGGUAGAGCUGUCAAUCCCCGCCGACGACACUGGAAAGCCGGACGUGUUUUCUGCCUCCCUGGGACUGCCACUUCCGAAGCAAGAGGGGAGGGAAACAGAGGCAGAGGAGAGAGACUACAAAGGAGAAGAAGAGAAGGAGGAGAGGAAGAAUCAGAAACAGAAAGAGAAGAGGAUUGGGAAGGGGCAGGAGGGGGCACAGCUGCCCAGCAAGGGGAAGAAAGAGCCCCGGCAGCCCCAGGCGAAGAAGCUGGGCAAGCGGCCGCGCCUGGAGUCUGGCAGUGAGCAGGAAAGCGGGAACAAGAAGCAGAGGAGAGCUGCCCCAUCCGAGGAGGAUGACAGCGGUGUGGAAGUGUACUACAGGGAAGGAGAAGAGGAGGUGGAGGAGACGGAUGUGCGGCCCCAGGAGAAGCAGACCAGGCCGGCAGAAGCACCCCGGCUGCAGCUGUCUUCCGGCUUCGUUUGGGAUGUGGAGCUGGACACUCUGACCCCGGCCUUGCCACCUCAUGGAGAGAGCUCCGACAGCGAAGAGGACGAGAAGCCAGAGCAAGCCACGCAGAAGAAGAAAAGCAAGAAGGAAAGGGAGCUGGAGAAGCAGAAGGCAGAGAAAGAGCUGUCCCGCAUUGAGGAGGCGCUGAUGGAUCCCGGGCGGCAGCCGGAGUCGGCAGAUGACUUUGACCGACUCGUGCUGAGCUCCCCCAACAGCUCCAUCCUGUGGCUGCAGUACAUGGCCUUCCACCUGCAGGCCACGGAGAUCGAGAAGGCCCGGGCCGUGGCCGAGAGGGCGCUCAAGACCAUCUCCUUCAGAGAGGAGCAGGAGAAGCUGAACGUGUGGGUGGCCCUGCUGAACCUAGAAAACAUGUACGGCUCCCAGGGGUCACUGACCAAGGUCUUCGAGCGGGCCGUGCAGUACAACGAGCCUCUCAAGGUCUUUCUCCAUCUGGCCGACAUCUACACCAAGUCAGAGAAAUUCCAGGAAGCUGGUGAACUUUACAACCGGAUGCUGAAACGUUUCAGGCAGGAGAAAGCUGUCUGGAUCAAAUACGGCGCCUUUCUUCUGCGGAGGGGCCAGGCUGGGGCCAGUCACCGCAUGAUGCAGCGAGCCCUUGAGUGCCUACCUAAGAAAGAGCACGUGGAUGUGAUUGCCAAGUUUGCCCAGCUUGAGUUCCAGCUGGGGGAUGUAGAGCGCGCCAAAGCCAUUUUCGAGAACACGCUGAGCACCUACCCUAAGCGCACGGAUGUCUGGUCGGUCUACAUCGACAUGAUCAUCAAGCGUGGCAGCCAGAAGGAAGUCCGGGACAUCUUCGAGCGGGUCAUUCACCUGAGCCUGGCCCCCAAGCGAAUGAAAUUCUUCUUCAAGCGCUACCUGGACUACGAGAAGCAACACGGCACUGAGAAGGAUGUGCAGGCGGUAAAGGCGAAGGCCCUGGAAUACGUGGAGGCUAAGAGCUCCAUGUGGGAGGACUAGUGGCCAGCUGGCUCCGAGGGCACUGGUGGCAGUGGGCCAGCCAGGCCGACCCUCAGGCGCCUGGGCAGUUGAGAAACUGUGUUGCCUGAGGACUCUGUUUAAGUGUUGCUUUUUCUGCAGCAUCGUGGGGUAAUCCUAUCAAGGUAAAAAAGGAUUUAAGAUUUCUCAUAAUUCCUUUUUGUUUUAAGAACCAAUUUAUUUCAUCUUUCUCCUUUUCUGGGGCUGCUCAGUGGUUGCAGGCAGUAGGCUCCUGGGCUCCCAGAAAAGCUGAGAGUCUCUCCUUCAUGGGAGGUCCCCGGGGAGCAGGAAUGGAGGGCCGCCUCCCGGGGACUCUGUGGUCAGGAUCCCACUUUGGCCCUAGCAGGCUCUUGGUCCAGCUAGUGGGGGUCAGCAGGGUCCGGAAAGCGGGUCGCUCUCCUAGAUCGCAGAGUCUCUGGGCAUUCCCUCAGCCUCAGCUCAGCUAGUACCUCGUGCCCCUUUGUGGAGACUGUGAGGCUGGGACGUAGAUCCACAUGCUGUGUGGCUUUGGGAGAGCUGCACAGUUUCUCUGGCUCCCUGUAGCUCCCCUGAGGAGAGCUUGCUGGGCGGAGGGCCUUGAUUGACUUGCUGGUUGUUCCUUGAGUCCUGAGGGAGAGGGGACAUGACGGGCCCGCUAUACCCCCACCUCCCUGUAAAGUUCACAGAAAGACUGUCUCUCCUCCUCCUUGAUAAGUAAUAAUCCUGUAUGUUCUAGAGUUCCUCGAGGCCAGCACAGACCCAGCUAGUUGUUGAAGCCAGUUCAUUUUUGGCUUGGUCUUAAGGGAAUUAAAGUU